AUGGGAACCCUGUUUAGCAGUUUCUGGUCACUGUUUGUCCCUUCCCGUAAUUACAAGUUGGUGAUUUUAGGCCUCAACAAUGCUGGUAAGACAUCUAUUCUGUAUCACCUGCAGCUCGGGCACGCCAUCACGACACAACCGACGCUUGGAGGGAACAUGGAACAGCUGAGUGUGGCACAUGGCCCAAACAACAACACGAUUCAGUUUACCUGCUGGGAUCUAGGUGGGCAGGAGCAACUGCGUGACUCGUGGGCUCUCUAUUAUGAACAGACCGACGCAGUAAUAUUUGUUGUGGACGCCGCUGACGUUAGUCGCUUUGCCGUCGCAAGGAAAGUGCUGCAGGGGCUCCUAAACAACGAGCCGUGUCUCCGAAAAGCAGUGCUGUUAGUUCUGGCGAACAAGCAGGAUUUGCGGGGUGCUGUGAGCCCGGUGGAAAUGAUUGAGGCGCUGGGUUUGGGAGCAGUAAGGGACCACACGUGGACUUUGAUGGGGUGCAGUGCGGCGACUGGUGCCUCACUGAGGGAGGCGAUGGCGUGGGUAGCGCAGAAGGUAACGGAUCAGGCGGUAGCCGCAGCCUGA